AUGGACAUCGGCCCUGCGGGACUGCGAGAGGGGAGCGAGAGGGACGUUAAGGAUUGCAAGCUGAUUCAAGGAUGGCUGGCCAUGCUGGCGCAGAGCGUCCUGGUUGUGCUGGUUGUCUCGGUGCUGAUUUGGAAAAGGCACGUUGAAACGCCACGGAGGGCAUGGAGGAUCUGGAUAUUCGACGUUGGAAAGCAAGGCGCCGCGUCUAUGCUCGUACAUGUCUUCAAUAUUGGUCUGAGCAUGGUGGCUUCUACGGAUGCAGCGAAAACGAGCGAGUGUUCAUGGUAUUUUGUCGUCUAUGUCAUAGACAACACCUUGGGAGUUGCGCUGGCUCUGAUGUUACAUCAUUUAUUCGUCAAGUAUGCAAACAACAGGAAGAAGCAAAGGGUGCCUUGGGCGCACACACUGAGAGACGGACUGUUGCUGCCCGCAACAGAAGUGAGCUGCCAGGUCGCUGAACGCCCAGGAUUCUGUGAAAUUGUGGCAGCCUGCGGUUACUAUGGACACCCGCCAUCUUGUGCCUGGUGGGGAAUACAGCUGUCAGAGUUCCUAACCGCGGUUUUCCUGUCGCGAUGUGUGACCGGGGGCCUUGUGUUCCUGACGAAAUCGUACGGGCUGAAGCAGACGGCAGCACUCAUCGAUCGGUGGUUCCAUGGCCACCCAGUGGCGCUGCUUUUCACCGUGCUCAUAUUUGUCCCACUGGUGGCCAACGUGGCGCAAGCGAUCAUUAAGGACACCAUCCUGAAGAGCAGACUUUUGCUGAAGACUUUCUCAGGCGAAGUGGCCAGACGUACGAGUUUACAGCGGGCAGCUUCCCUGUCAAGCCCCCAUCAAGGCAAUUCUGUCGACAAUCAUGAGAGUCCACGGCUGCGACUCGGGGCUCGCUGCCAAGGGGAAGCAUAA